AUGACACAAACCACAGUGCUUCAGUAUGAAGCCCCAUGGCCCGUACACGCACUUGACUGGUGCAAAACGCCGGCACCAACAAGUGGCGGCGGCGUCCGCGCGCGCUCCGCAUUUCGCCUCGGCAUCGCGUCCUUCACUGAGGAUUCUCGCAAUCGGAUAGCAGUCGUCGGGCUACAAGACGAGAGGGUGCUGGUGGAAGAUGACUAUGGCGAUUAUCCGGACUUUGUGACGCUCGUCGAGGCCAGCCACGGCUACCCUGCGACCAGCUUACAAUGGCAGCCCGCAGCAGCGUCCGUAUUUCCAUGGUCAAACAAAGCGUCGAGUACGGAGUUACUGGCAACGACUGGGGAUGCAUUGCGUAUAUGGGAAUACGCGAGCGAUGGGCAGAUGCCGAUGUCCUCGUACGUCGGGCGGCAGCCGACUGCGGGCGGGCAUAGGCUGCAGUUGAAGGCGGCACUUUCCGGCCAAGCCAAAGUGCAGGCCAACCAGUCUGGAGGAGCGCUGGCACCGCUCACGAACUUCUCCUGGAACGAGAAGCAGCCGAGCCUCAUUGUGACUUCCUCGAUUGACACGACAUGUACUGUGUGGAAUAUCGACACCCAGAGCGCGCUCACACAGCUCAUCGCACACGACCGCGAAGUGUACGACGUCGCGUGGCUGCCCGGAUCGACCGACAUCUUCGUCUCGGUCGGUGCGGAUGGCUCCCUCCGCGCCUUUGAUCUCCGUUCUCUUGAGCACUCCACGAUCCUGUAUGAGACACCCGCACCUAAGGUCGCCGUUCCCGCCUCUCCUAGCGCAAGCUCCCGUCCGCCGUCGUCGCCGCUGCUGCGCAUCGCGUUCAACCCCAACGACGCGAACUACAUGUCUACAUUCCAUAUGGACGGGAGUGAGGUGCAGGUGCUCGAUAUGCGAAGUCCCGGCGCACCGGUCAUGGAGCUCAAGGCGCACAAGGCGCCUAUCAACGCUGUCGGCUGGGGUAGCGCAGAAAAUCCGCUACUAGCAUCCGCAGCCGACGAUUGUCAGGUCUUACUCUGGAACCUUGCCGGCUACUCCCAGCCACCCGCUUCGUCGCCACGCAACACCAGCGCGCGCCUCAGCUCGCCACGGCCCGCCGAUGGCAAGAAACGCACAGUGACGGAUCCCGUCAUGGCGUACAAUGCACAAGCGGAGGUCACCAACCUCGCUUGGUCCCCACACAUUCCCGCCAUGACGAUGAAUACGGGCAUCUCGACUGCUGCGGGAGAAUGGCUCGCUGUCGUUAUGGGUAAAACUAUCAAAGCGCUCAAGGUGUAA